UGGGCCUUACUUCUCUCAGUCUGAGUGAAGAGAGAGAGAGUGUGAGUGUGUGUAUCAGUGAGGGAAGGGUUUGUGUUUGGUGAAGUGGGAGGGGUGUUUCAGUGCUGGCUAUUUGAACAAGAUGAAUGAGCCUGUGAAAAAGAAAACUCCUAAAGCAGCUGCAGCUGAGAAGAAACACAGUAAGCGUAGACUGAAGAGGAAGGAGAGUUACUCGGUUUAUAUCUAUAAGGUCCUUAAACAGGUUCACCCUGACACUGGGAUUUCCAGUAAGGCCAUGAGCAUCAUGAACUCCUUUGUGAAUGAUGUGUUUGAGCGGAUCGCAACUGAAGCAUCACGGCUGACCCAAUACAACAAGAGGAGUACCAUCACAAGCCGGGAGGUGCAGACAGCAGUACGACUGCUCCUGCCUGGGGAGUUGGCCAAACAUGCUGUGUCCGAGGGCACAAAAGCUGUCACCAAGUAUACCAGCGCCAAGUAGAGAAUGGAGGAGCAAGCAAAAGGGUUUAGCUCCAUCAAACCCUGGAUCACUCCAGAACCUGUUCAAUAAAGAUUAACUUGCUGCA